GCGGAAGGUUGGUCAGAGCCAACAUGGCCGCGGUGCACAAUUGUCAUCUCUGAAGUCUCCUGGAGUUAAGAUUUUAUAUUUUAAAUCGCUUCCCGGUAAAGAUUGUUCUUAUGAAGUAGCAUUUUUGAUUAAAGCAACAAAAUGGAGUUUGAAUAAAAUUCACAGCUCGGUGUGACGAAGACGAUAUUUGAAGCGGCGGCAGCGAGAAGAAGGAAGCGAGAGCCCUUACUCAUCUUCCCAGCGGCGGCCAUGUCUCUGAGCGAGCAGGCGUCGGACGUGGUGCCGUUCUUCUCCGAUGAGAGCGAGGCGGAGGGUCCUGAGGAGCAGGGCGGGGGGGCUCCGCGCCCGCAGGAGGAGGAGGAGGCGAGUGGCGUGUCGAAGGUCCGAGCCCUGAUGACCGUCCUCGUCCUCUGCUACAUCAACCUGCUCAACUACAUGGACCGCUUCACUGUGGCAGGUGUUCUCCCCGACAUCGAGCACUUUUUUGGGAUUAACGAUGAGAAAUCCGGCCUGCUCCAAACUGUUUUUAUCUGCAGCUACAUGUUCUUGGCUCCUGUGUUUGGUUACCUGGGCGACAGGUACAACAGGAAGUACAUCAUGAGCGUGGGCAUCUUGUUCUGGUCCCUGGUGACUCUCGCCAGCUCCUACACCCCCAAAGAGCACUUCUGGGCCCUGCUGCUGACCCGGGGCCUGGUGGGCGUCGGAGAGGCCAGCUACUCCACCAUCGCCCCCACCAUCAUCGCAGACCUCUACGUGAAGGGGAAGAGGACCAACAUGCUCUCCAUCUUCUAUUUCGCCAUCCCUGUCGGCAGUGGGCUGGGAUACAUCGUGGGGUCUCAGGUUGGAAACAUAGCGCAUGACUGGCACUGGGCUCUGAGGGUGACCCCAGGCCUGGGUCUGGUUGCCGUGGUGCUGCUGCUGCUGGUGGUGCAGGAGCCCAGGAGAGGGGCGAUUGAGGCCCGGACCGACCUGCACCACACCAGCUGGCUGACCGACGUCCAGGUGCUCAGCAAGAACCGCAGCUUCGUGCUCUCCACCCUGGGCUUCACGGCCGUGGCCUUUGUGACCGGCUCUCUGGCUCUGUGGGCCCCCACGUUCCUCUUCAGAGCCGCCGUAGUCAACGGGGAGAGGCCGCCCUGCUUUGAGGGGAACUGCGCCUCCACGGAAAGUCUGAUCUUCGGCACCAUCACCGUGGUGACGGGGGUGCUGGGCGUGUCCAGCGGCGUGAUGAUCAGCAGGAAGCUGCGGACGCGGACCGCCCGCGCCGACCCGCUGGUCUGCGCCGCUGGACUGCUCCUCUCCGCGCCCUUCCUCUACCUCGCCAUCGUCUUCGCUCAGUCCAGCACCGUCGCCACUUACAUCUUCAUCUUCCUUGGAGAGACCUUCCUGUCCAUGAACUGGGCCAUCGUGGCCGACAUCCUGCUGUAUGUGGUGGUCCCGACGCGCCGCGCCACAGCUGAGGCUCUGCAGAUCGUCUUCUCUCAUCUGCUGGGAGACGCCGGGAGCCCCUACCUCAUAGGAGUGGUGUCGGACUCCCUGCAGCAGACGGACUCCUUCCUGUGGCAGUUCCGCUCCCUGCAGCUCUCCCUGCUGCUCUGCGCCUUCGUAGCUGUGAUCGGGGGGGGCUUCUUCCUCCUCACCGCCCUCUUCAUCGAGCACGACCGCAACCGCGCCGAGAACUACGUCCCCACAGGUGACGAGCCCAUCGUGGUCCCGAAGAGCGGCCGCUCCACCAGAGUCCCGGUGUCCAGCGUGCUGAUCUGAAGACACAUUUUAUUAUUAUAUAUUUAAUAUUUUUUUGGACCGAUCGGACUAUCUGCCAUGCAGAAUAGUUUAUGGACAUGUUUAUAUUUUAAUUCUGGACUCUUUUUCUUUAAAAAUAAAAUUGACCGUGCCCGGGAACAUGAAGCUGGUUGGAAGUGUUUUCAGAGCGGCGUGACAUAGAAGGACUCUCCUGGGAGAAGUUGCGCAUCUGUAAACUGUAAUUAUUAUUUUUCUUACCUUCAGCAGCUGGUCUGGGAUCAGCUGGAGAUCCAGAAAACACAAAGACAAUAUUCCUAUUCUCUGUAACCAAAACACAGAAUGCAUUGUGCAAGCUCGGGUUAUUUUGUAUACAGAAGACGCUUUAUUAAUCUAAUCCUAACCAAGUGUUUGUAGUUUAAUUAUAACACUAGCAGAACCAGAAAACCUUUAUUAUCCUUCUGGUUUACAAAUAUCAGCCCUGCUUUUAAAUCCUGUUAUAUUUUAAAAUGUUUCCGAUGAUAAAGGGAAUUUUAAGAGCUCGGACAUUUUAUUUUAACUUUGGUUUUCUUCGCAGCUGAGUUUAAGAAGGAAACAUUUCCCCACCGUUUGUGUCCGCAGGUAGAGCACACGCUGCGGAACAUUCCGUUCUAUUUACAUUUUAAAUUCAUGUUGAUAAGCAAAGUUUGUAAUUAUUCUCAAAUUAUUUUAGCAAACCUUUUUGUGAAAUAUUAAACAGGAAUGAACUUGUCACAUGUCUGUGUGUUUGCACUUGAUGGAAAUGUUUUCUUAUCAUCUAGCUCAGAGUUUUUAUGAAACAAGAUGAUCAAAUCUGUUGAUGCGGCUGUAAUUAAACAUCAACAUUCAGA